AUGGCCGCGGCCGCCACCCCUUCGCCGGAGACGGCGCUCCCAGCGGCGGACGACAAGGAGGACGAGGACGAGUGCCGCAUCUGCCGCCUCCCCGCCGAUGCGGACCGCCCCCUGCGCCGUCCCUGCGGCUGCCGCGGCAGCAUGAGGUUCGUCCACGACGACUGCCAGCUCCAAUGGAUCGCCCGCCGCCGCAAACUCCCCCGCUGCGAGGUGUGCAGACGCCGCAUCUCCAUCCGGCCCCUCUACGCCGCGGACGCCCUGGUGAGGCUGCCCGUUUCCGAACUCAUGGCGGGUCUGCCCAGCAAGCUCAUUGGGCUGCUGCUCCCCCUCUUCUUCGCCGUCUGCGUUGUCCGGGAGUUUGUCGUUCCGCUGACCACCUGCUGGGCAUGGCGCCUCGCGCUCGCCGCCGACUUUGCUCGAGCGCACCAUCUGCUCUCCCUGCGCCUACCCAUGGCCUCAUGGACCUGCAUCCCUGCUUCAGUUGCGCUCUGCAUGGAGCUUGCACGCUUGGUUGCGCCAUUUUCUGUAGCUCCAUUUGCACGCUGGGUUGCACGCCUGGUAGCUCAGAUUCAGAGUCAGGAGCCUGGGUUAUAUGAGGCACUGCAAGUCCUUGCGAUAUUUGCUGUUGAAGUUUCCUUGGUGGCUGAUCGGGAUGCAGCCAAGGCCCUUGAUGAUGUGGCAAUUGAUGCCUAUGAUCAGCAGGUAUCUGCAUAUUCUGAUGCUCUUUCUGCCUACCGGGAUGAUCUCUCUGCUUACACUCAGUGGUGCAAUGAUGAUGCUCGAGCUGUUGUUGUUCUCACUGCGAGUGUCCUCCCUCAGUUUGCUUCCGAGUUCAUGGGCCUCGGCACUGUUGCCGCGAUGUGGCUCCUCGUCGACUGCUGCUGCUGUGGCUGCAUCUUCUUCCUCACCAUCACCGGCAUCUACACAGUCAGGAGACUUGCUGCUGUUCGAACAGUGUCGCGAGCGGUCGUAGCAUGGUUGGCUGCUCUGAUAUUCAAUUCUGCCGUGCUUUUGCUUCCAAUCUCAGUUGGGCGCGCAUUGCUGUUUUCCAUCCCUCAGCUGCUAGUAGCAGAUGGACUGAAGUCCAACGAUCUGUUUGCUGUUGCAGUUGGACUCUGCAUCAUAUCAACCAUUAUUGCUGCCUGUAGAGAUUUGUCCGCCCACCUGAUUUCGGGGGAAACAUGCCUUCUAGCUUUGCAGAGGCACCUGCUUCUCUGCAUAUGGAGCGUCGUCGUUCCGCUCCUGAUGGGUUUGCUGGUUGAUCUAUCACUGACAUCGCCCUUCUUCGUCGGGCGUGACGAUGAAUUCCCAGCUACAAGCUUUUUCCGCACUUGGCUCCUGGGGAGGAUCUUUAAGCAAUUAUGGAUCAAGUGCUUGGUGGACAAAAGGUGGAAGGCGAAACUUGACCGGGCGAAGGAAGAUCUCUCCGCGGGACUCGGGCCGAUGUGGUGGUUCUUUCAAGACAUGUGUGUGCCCGUCGUUGUUACGCUGCUCGCCGCCCUGGUUGUCCCCUACGUGCUCGCCAGGGGCGUCUUCCCGGGGCUGGGCUACCCCACCGCCGUAAACUCGACGGUCUACCGCUUUGCGUGGUCGGGCGGGCUCGGCGUCUGUGCGCUCUGCUGGCUCGCCAAGGGUCUAUGUGUCAUGCUCCAUGAUUCUAUCAAGGAGGAUCGCUACGCCAUCGGCCGGAGGCUGGAAGACGUUGGUGAUGGGAGCUGAAUUCAGACCCUUUUCUGGAGUUCUGACAGUUAUUUUUGUUAGUUCAGACAGGGACAAGAAUAAGGGCACGAACGUGAGCGAUUGCAUAUGCCACGUUAAUCCACAGGACUGUUUCC